CUUGCACAAUAAAACACAUGUAGUUUGUCCUUUAUUGCAUACCAUCAGACUUGCACGACUUGUAGCCACUCCCUGUGUAUUUUGUGCAGCUGGUUCCUGCUGUUAGUUUACCUUCACUUUCGUGUUCUCCUACUUGGGUACGCUACAAGGAACAGCAAAAUGGCUCAGUCUAAACCACAAAGUCUCUUUCAAGAAGACCUGAGCUGCCCCAUCUGCUUGCAGCUCUUUUCCGAGCCGGCUAUGCUUCCCUGUGGUCACAACUUCUGUGCUUCGUGUAUCGAGGGAGUGAUUGAAGGAGAAGCUGAGAGAGGACAGCACACCUGCCCUGAAUGUCGGAGUGACUACAAAGGGCAAACUGCACUGCAGAGAAACUUCAAGCUUUGCAGUAUUGUGGAGGGAUUCAAAGCCAGUGAGGGUGCCUCCUCUCCAGUGCUCUGUGAUGUGUGCUUGGAGACCCCAGACCCAGCUGUCAGGACGUGUCUCAAGUGCGAGAUCUCAAUGUGUGCUCUCCAUUUAAAACCGCAUUUGGAAAAAAAGUCUUUUAAGAGCCACGCCUUGGUGGAGCCCACGUCAGACCUCAGUGCAAGGAAAUGCUCAAAGCACGACGAAGCUUUGAAGUAUUACUGUUUUGAGGACAAAUCCUGCAUCUGUGUCUCCUGCACCAUUGAAGGUGAGCACAAGAAUCACAAUGUGAAAAGCUUCAAAACAACCCAUUCUGAACUGAGGAUUGGACUGGAAUCAAAAGUGAAACAAAUUACAGAGAAACUUAAACUAGCAGGAGGCUUCUUAGAGAAGGCUAGACAGAACGAAACCUCUGUUAAAGCAGCCAACGCAGAACUGAAGCAGAAUGCGUUGGAGCUGUUUGACAACAUCAUUCAACUAGUGAACAAUUACAAAGAACAGGUGAUGGAAAAGAUUGAAGCAGAACAGUGCCUCCUUGUGGACAGUCUGCAGCACAGCACCGGCAAGCUCACUGAACAGCAUCACCUUUUCAAGCAGAUCCAGCAGCAAGCUGAAUCUGUCUUGAUUGAAACUGAUGAAUUCCUCUUCAUUCAGAAGCACCAGGAAACCCAGACAAAACUCACAGAAGCGUUGGAGAAACCUUUUACUGAACCUGAUGAGAAAGACCUGAACAAGAGAAAACUCUUUGAAGAUCUCGAAAAGAAAUUUGUUGAAUUUCAAGCUGAAAUGGGAAAGGCGCACCAACAGCUGAAAAAUGUAUUUCUUUCUUCAGAGCUCACACUAGACCCCAAUACAGCUCAUCCUAAACUGAUGCUUUCUGAUGAUCUGAAGACUGUCAAAUACACUGCUACAAAACAGCCUUACAUUUACCACCCAGAGAGGUUUGAUCAUUGGCGUCAAGUCCUGUGUUUCCAGGGCCUCUCAUCUGGAGAACACUACUGGGAGCUGGACACUGGGGAAGGUUACUGGCAUGUGGGGAUCUGUUACAAGAGUAUGGGUCGGAAAGGCAGUGGUACAGAUGCUGAAUUAGGGUGCAAUGCUGCUUCCUGGACUCUUAAAUUCCACGAUGAGCUUUCUGUUUGCCAUAACAAUGUGGGAACACCCCUUCAGGUGUCCACCCAGCCCACCAGGCUUGGAGUGCACCUAAAUUAUGAUGCAGGGACUCUAACAUUUCUCAAUCUAACCGAUAAACAGACCCGUCUGCACACAUUUAGGACAAGUUUCACAGAACCAGUUUAUCCAGCGUUCUGGAUUCAGUCAGUUUCCUCCACAUCUUGGGUAACUGUAAGGAGUCGUUUCAAGGAUAACGUGCCUAAAUAUACACAGGAAACAUAAGAAAGACAGCAAAGCAAGUUUAACAGAGCCCACACGUCUUAUUCAAGCCCUUGCUGUUGAUAUGAAUGUUUCUGACAUAGCUCCUUUAUAUAAGGGUUGGGUCGCUCUCCAGUGAAAUUAAAAGUAAUGGCCAGUAAUGAAAAAUAGUGGGGCCAGGCAAUAUUUAAUAUUGUGUAAAUUCUAUUAUUAUUCUUAUUUAUAUAUUAUAUAUGCAAACCUGAACGCUAUGACCUUAUUACUUGCAAACAUGCAGCCUUUCCCCUAAUCGAAGCGCUUGGCAGUGAAUGUACAGUUUCUUUCACUAUUUUAAAUGGCUUGAAGUCCUGUAGUUGUUCCAGGAAUGCGGAAAUGCAUUGUAUCUACAGUCGCUUUCAAUGAGUAGCAAUUGUGUGUUCUUUUGUUUAUUUCCACUGUUAAAACAGCUCCUUAAAUAACGU